AUGGCAGCGCCUACUUCGAGCGUUCCGGCUCCUUCGCCAGUAUCGUCCAUCGGCCAGAAGUACCCCCAAGUCCUGGGUUAUAGACUCACUCGGCUCCUCGGAGGCGGCGGCUUUUCCAAAGUCUUCAAAGGCGUGAAUCCCGACAAUCCUAAACGGAAAGAAGCAGCAGUAAAGGUAGUCUCAUACGCGCCGAUCACAUCCAAAUCGUCCGCUCGCCAUCCAGCAGACCGACAAGCUCUUCAGAAAGAGGUCCAAAUACAUGGUGUACUCAAGCACAUCAAUGUACUGGAGUUCGUUGGUGCUGACGAGCUAGGCACUGCAUCUCGACCGGCUGGCAUUUCUGUACCAGGACUCUACAUGGUGCUUGAGUAUGCCUCAGGAGGAGAUCUUUUCGACAAGAUUGCUCCGGACACCGGAGUCCCUGAAGAUUUGGCGCAGUACUAUUUUCGGCAGCUCAUUGCUGGCAUGCAAUACAUUCACUCGCAAGGGAUCACUCAUCGCGAUAUCAAGCCAGAGAAUCUGCUGUUGUCCGCGCUGGGAGACCUCAAAAUCGCCGAUUUCGGCCUGUGCUCAGUUUAUAAGUACAAAGGUAAAGAGCGUUCUCUCAAAGGCGCGUGCGGCAGCCUGCCGUACAUUGCACCUGAGAUGAAUGGGCAGCCAUACAAAGGCGAAGGUGUAGACGUGUGGAGCGCUGGUGUUGUGCUAUUCGCACUGCUGGUCGGAAACACUCCCUGGGAUGAGCCGACCACUCGGAGUCCAGAAUAUGAGGCAUACCUUACCGGCGAGCUGCUCCAAUAUGACCCCUGGACCAGAAUAUCGGAGCAGCCAUUAGAUCUUCUAAAGGCGAUGCUCACUCCCCGACCUGAAAAGCGUAUCUCCUUGGCCGAGAUCCAGCAACAUGCCUGGUUCAACCGACCAAACGCGUUUUUGCAAGGAGGCGUCUCCAUUGAAGAGAAGACCGGCAACUUGGUCCAAGCACUGAUGGAGAACAUGGUUAAAGCAGGUGACCUGCAUCUUCAUACCGAUGGGGCAAGGGCCGAAGUGAUAGACAUGCCUGCAGCAACGCAACCCGGGGCAGUCACGGUUUCGUCAUCCGGCCUGGAGGAAAUGGACCUUGGCGCACCGUCAGCUUCGAUGGGCCCAAGCAUCACAGGCGACGAGCGUGCGAAACGCUUCGCCAUGAGUCAGCAGUUGCCGGGUAGGCGAUUAGCUACUAUGACACAGAACCCAAACAGCACGCAAUUCCAGGAGGUCUGGGCUGGCAUGACCCAAUGGGCGGACAUUGCAGGUCAUGCGCAGCGAUUCUCCGCACAGACUACGCGCUUCUUCUGCGCUGCGGAGCCCGGAGAGCUUGUACCGCAUCUGCUCGCCAUUCUACAGCAAGAGCGAGCGCAAACGAACGUCUACACUUUGACACCGCACCGAGCGCAGGAGCAGCACCUCCUCGACAUGGAUAAUAUCAUUGAAGGCUUCAGUACGUUGACGCAGGAGCCGCAGAAGAAUUGGAUGCCCGUAUUUGGUGGCGACGAAGGAGCCGUUGGUGACGGCAUGGACGACGAUGACGAGCUGGCGGGUGGCAGCGAUGAAGCGAAGGGGCGACCGCUGGGCGCGAGGCUGCACAUUGCGCUAUCAGACAGACGCAAGUGCCCGUUGGCUGGGAACAUCUACAUCGACGCGCUGCCACUCCGAGGCCGACCAAGUCCGAUCUGUGUCAAUGGCAAGAAGUUACAGAUCAAAUCUCUUGUUCUGAUGAACAGGUCAAGCGGCAGCCCUCUAGAAUGGAGGAAGCUAUUUGCGACAAUUGUCAAGUCAGACACCGUUAAGCAAUUGGUAGUUCCUAUGUAG